AUGAGCACCAAAACCGAUCAGCCGUCAAUGGACACGCAACCUAAGAAAUACAACGAUCAGCAGCAAGGCCACUUUUCUUUGGUCCGCAACUUUUACAUUGCCGAUGUCAUUACACUUAUGAAUGGCGUGUGUGGAGUCAUGUCGGUGUUCGCGUCCAUGCGAUAUCUUUUGUCGAGUGACAUUCACGACUUGUAUUCAGCACUGGGGUUCAUGCCAUUUGGAUUGUUUUUCGAUUUCUUUGAUGGUCGAGUUGCUCGUUGGCGUAAAAACUCAUCCAUCCUUGGACAAGAAUUGGAUAGUUUGGCAGACUUGAUCUCAUUCGGUGUAGCUCCGGCGGCACUUGCAUUUGCAGUGGGCAUGCGUACAUACCUGGAUACAGUGGUCUUGACAUACUUUGUAUGCUGUGGAAUUGCACGAUUAGCACGAUUCAAUGCAACUGUAGCAUCGCAACCCAAGGAUACAACCGGCAAAAUAUCCCACUUUGAAGGCACUCCUAUUCCCACUUCGCUCACAUUAGUUGCCAUUCUCGCCUAUUUUGUCUCACAAGGUCGUUUCCUCGAUGCAUUACCUGGUCAAUUGGUUCAACUUGCUCCUACUUGGGAUUUACAUCCUUUGGUUCUCAUGUAUGCUCUCAGCGGCACCCUCAUGGUCAGCAAGACAUUACGUAUCCCAAAGCCAUAA